AAUAUUAUUCUUAUUUUAAUUAACCUCUCUGCAAAGAAAUAGUGGGGGAAAUCGGGAAAGGCAAAAACACAAAGAAAAACAAGGAACGAACCUUUCAACAGUUGAAGUCGUUAGUUACGAAGUCUUAUUCCUCGAACCAACAGUUAAAAGCUUAAAAAAAGAACACACAAAGUCUUGGAGUUUCUUUUGAAGUCCUUGUUUGAUCUCUUUAGAUCUGCUUGUUAAAUUUUCUUUAUUGAAGAGAACAAGGGAAAAUGCGUAGCCGGGGAUCGAGUAACCGUCUUCCUAACUCCGGUGGCUUUGGUUUUCAUUCUCGAAUUUCGGCUUUGGUUCUCUCCAUGUUCGCUACCAUGGCCACCAUUUACGUUGCCGCCCGCAUGUGGCAAGACGCUGAGAGCAGAGUAUAUUUAAUUCAACAACUUCACACAACAACUGCUCUGGGAAAUUCUGCUAUAUCUGUUGAUAAUAAGCUAAAAGUUGAAGCCUGCAGGGAACAAGUGCAUAAGUUAUCAGCCCUUGAGAUGGAUUUAUCUGCUGCAAGACAGGAAGGGUUCGUUUCAAAGGAGCGAUCGGAGAACGGCAGUACACAUUCUAAGAAAAGGCUAUUAGCUGUUAUAGGUAUCAUCACAACAUUCGGUCGAAAGAAAAACCGAGACGCAAUUCGGAAAGCAUGGAUGGGAUCAGGCGCAGCUUUGAGAAAACUAGAAGAGAAAGGAAUCGUUGUACGGUUCGUGAUAGGAAGAAGUGCGAAUCGCAGAGAUAGUUUAGACAGGGAGAUUGACAAUGAACACAGGCAGACUGAUGACUUCAUUGUUCUGAAUCAAGUGGAGGCACCCGAGGAAUGUUCAAACAAGAUAAAAUUUUUCUUUGUUCAUGCUGUGGAGAGUUGGGAUGCAGAGUUCUAUGUUAAGGUCAAUGAUGAUGUUUAUGUUAAUAUUGAUACACUAGGUGCAACACUCUCUGCUCAUUCAGAUAAGCCUCGUGUUUAUAUGGGGUGUAUGAAAUCCGGACAAGUUUUCUCCGAACCGACUCACAAAUGCUAUGAACCUGACUGGUGGAAAUUCGGCGAUGCAAAAUCAUACUUUCGGCAUGCUUCAGGAGAAAUAUAUGCCAUUUCAAGUGCUUUAGCGCAGUUUAUCUCGAUUAAUAGGUCUAUUCUUCGAAUAUAUGCCCAUGAUGAUGUGAGUGCAGGCUCUUGGUUUAUCGGACUCGAUGUUAAGCAUGUCGAUGAGAGGAAAUUUUGCUGCUCGCCCUCGUCUACAGGUUCGAUAUGCACAGCCAUCUGAUUGAACUUACCGGAUCAUUGGCAAAUAUAGUAAGGUCAUUCUUGUUCUGCAGCAUUGCUUAUGAUGUUUCAGUACCAACUCCGAGCUCAAAAACAUUGGUCCCCCACCCCGGGGCAUGGUACCAGUUGCAUCCGGAAUCUGGAAUUGUGGAAUCAUUGACAUUGAAGAUAUGAGUCGGAAUGGAUUCUAUUAAUUCGAACUUGGUUCUUCUAUGUUCCGAACAGCUUCACUUUUAGGACAACAUAGUCAUCAUUUUUUAAGGCACAGCAGUUUUAAUAUCAUUGCUGAUGUAUCAUAGUCUGUAUAAUUGAUUCCAAGUUGAUAAAAUUUCAAGCAUUUCAGCGCAAGUGAAGAGUUGUAAGACUGAAAUACUCUUAUCAAAUAUAUACUCGUUUAGUCUUGUUUGUACAUUUUUUGUUGUGGAGUAGGGUGGGAGAUAUUUUUCUAGAAAUGUGAAAUGGGUUUGGAUAUUUAAAUUAUAUAA